ACUGCUCCACUUCCGCCCUCGCCCGCCGCCCACCACCCACCCUCCCCUACCCGGCUCCCCCAUCCCGGCCUCCGGCGGUCCACCUCGCCCCUUCGCGCAGCGCGCCUGCGCCUUGCGCGGUCGGCAGCUCCACCCGCCGCCCAGCUCGCUGCACGCCUGCAACCUGCGGUUUGCGGGCGCGUCUGUUCACUUGGUCCAGCCUGUGCCUUGUUGCGGCCGCCCGUCAACUUCCUCCGCCGCCGCCCACUGCUGCCCUCCGGCCGUCGCCACUGCUCUAUAAUGGAUCCCAACAUGAAGGAGCUUCAAGAGGCUCUGGUUGACAUUGAGACUGAUGCAGAACAAGUUCUUCUGGCUAGGCAUCAGUUGGUGGAAAAUGAUAAAAUAAGAAAUGCUAAUAGGGAGGCCUUGACAGCCCUCCGGAAACAAGCCAGGACAACCAAAACUAGUGUGCCAUCACCCUUUGAGGUCAUAAUGAAAGAGAUGGAAGGAAGCUCUGGCAAGCAGCUGAUAAAGGAGGUAUGCCCGACUUGUGGAGAGCACGACCCCAAAGAACAUACCUGGCUAAUGUUUCCUGGAUCAGAUAUUUUUGCUCGUGUUCCAUUUCAUGUGGCGCACACCGUUCUGGAAAAAGACCAAGAGCGCCUGGAUAUCGAUACCAAGAAACUGCAAAGCUUCGUCAAGGAUAAAUCACUUGUGAUCGCUGAGAAAGGCGCUCUUGCAGGCAGAUUUGGUGCUGAUACUGUGAAAUCCUUGGUCAGCCUAACGGACACACCAAAGUCAGGACGGGAGGGAAGGGAGCUUGUGCAGGGCCCUGAAGUGAAGUAUCAGUUGGGUUGAAUCGACAACUGUUUCAGACGACAAUGUUCUUUCUUGGAUAUUUCUUGUAUAGAUGGUCCCUAUCGCGUGAAAAGGAAAAAAGUUGGCCAUGGUUAUUAGUACUUGGAAAAGGUUGUCCUGAAUUGAUGUUGUACUUUAGCGAAUCCGGCCUUCUGAAUUCUGAUUUGCUGUGACGUUGUGGCACAAUCAGUGUAGUUCAAAAGAGAAGACAGGUGGCCGUACCUCAGAGUCUUUCUGCCCUGUCUCAUAGUAGAACCAACUGAGGUUACACCUUUGAGUCUUCUUUGAAGUCGAUUGCUAUUUUGUUCAA